AUGUCAACAAUUGAUCCCAAAGUUGAAACUGGGAAAUUGUUAACAAAAGAAGGUGCAGGUCCUUCGAAGAAGUGUAGGACUACAAAGAAGCCUGAGAUUAUUAUUCCUGAGCAAACUGUUAAAGAAAUGAAGACAUCAAAGUCUCCAAAGACGAAGGCUGAUGAGGUAGUUUCAAAAGCUAUUAUACAACCUGUUGUUACAGAGCCACCUUCAGUUACCAUUCGUUCGAAAACUGGAGUUUUUCGCAAAUUAAAGCUGAAGUAUGGUGGUUCUCCUACUUCAAAUGUGGUUCGCAAGCUUCAUCUUACUCAUCAAGGAGUACUUAUGCGCGAAGUCCCAUCUCCAGUUUCUCCUCACUCAAAGAAACGAAGGGUUGAGGAUAUGGCAAAGAAGAUUUCUAAGAAGAAGAAGAAGACAAAGAAGAGGUGGCUAGUCAUUCCAACUGAAUCAUCUGAAGCAGAACAAUUGCCUAGGACACCUGAACCCAAACCUAUUAUACAACAUACUUCUCCUGAGAAGACAGUUGUCAUACCACCCAAAGUUUCUACUACCAAAUCAUCUUAUAAGGAGGUACAAACUUCAGACAUCACUGCAAACGUAUAUGAUACGGGUGCAAAUGUCAUCAUGGGUGAAGGAGAUUUAACGAAGGAAACUACUCAAUACUAA